CUACGCCCCUACCGAAUCAUCUCACUAGAGCAGCGUGUAGCCACGCCCCUUAGCAUAGCACAGUAUUGAAGUAUAACUACGCCCCUACCGAAUCAUCUCACUAGAGCAGCGUGUAGCCACGCCCCUUAGCAUAGAAAAGAGCCGCAGCGAUAACCACGCCCCAUCUCAUAGAAGACCAUAACCACGCCCCUCCCCUUUACACUGCGCGCUGUUCUUGCUGCGGGAGAAAGCCACGCCCCUCCACAUCCUCAAUAUGAACUUUUCGCGCGGAAACUUUCGCGGGAAAUCGUAGUUUGGCGCCCUCCACACCUGUGUGCACAUCGGCUUCGCUGCUCCUCGUCAACUUUCACCAUGGAUCCCUUCAAGCUACAGCGUGCUGAACUUUCAAAACCCAAGAAUUUCCAGAAAUUUCGGAACGUGAAUUUGAUUUCCAUGGAGACCUCGUCAUCCUCCGAUGACAGUUGUGACAGUUUUGGCUCGGAUAAUUUUGCAAACACAAAAAACAUGUUUAGAAAAGGCAUGAGCAAAAAGCUGGCCACAAUAUUCUCUCAGGAUUCAGAUACAGAAUCAUUCAGUGGGUUUUCAGAAAGUGAUAUGAGAAUUGAAUCUGACUCAGAAGAGAGACCUCAAAUGCUUAGAAGGUCCACAAGAGGUCAAGCCAAAAAGAAUGAACCGCUGAAAGUAGCUCUCAAGUUUCCUCCGAAAAGGAAUGCAAAAACAAGUCCACCAAAAAAGGAAAAGCCAACAAAGGCAAAGAGAGAAAAGGAAGAGGCUGAGGAGUCGGACAGUGAGAGUGGUCCCAAUUUCUUGGAGAAACGUGCCUUGAACAUUAAACAGAACAAAGAGAUGCUUGCACAGUUGAUGGCAGAACUCAAAAGCUUCCCUGACUUCAUGUCAAGCCCAGGUCCAUUCUCUCCUGACAUGAAAAUGAAGCGAACUCCGAGAACUCCACGCAGCACUCCAGGACAUGUCAGAAGGAACCCAGAAAGAACCUCACGACCUCAUACCAGAUCCAGAUCUCUUGUUGAUGGCCCACCAAGCCCCACCCCAGAUGAGGAUAGUGUCGAUGAUGACCACUACUAUUUGAUUAGGAAAAGAAAGAUGUAUGAUGAGUUUGAUGAGGAUGAUGGUUAUGCACCCAGAUACCGUCGCCAGAGUUCUCACACCCUCCCCCAUAUAAUUCGACCAGUUGAGGACAUAACAGAAGAGGAACUGAAUGCCAUCUGUGUCACCGCAAGAGAUAAAGUCUAUAACAGAGCAACAGGCUCAACCUGUCAUCAGUGUCGUCAGAAGACAGUAGACACUAAAACAAAUUGCCGAAAUCCUGAAUGCAUGGGGGUGAGAGGACAGUUCUGUGGCCCUUGCCUAAAGAAUCGCUAUGGGGAGGAUGUGAGGACUGCCUUAUUAGAUCCAGAAUGGACAUGCCCACCAUGUAGGGGGAUCUGUAACUGCAGUUUUUGUAGACAGCGAAAUGGCAGGUGUGCCACAGGUGUUUUGGUCUACCUGGCCAAAUACCAUGGAUAUGACAACGUACAUGCAUAUUUAAACAGCUUGAAACGUGAAUUGGAAAUGGAAGACUGAAAAUAUCAUCCCUUAUGGGCAAAAAGAUCUCAAAAAGUGCUAGACAAGUUAUUUGUGAUGCAGCACCAAUAACAUAUAAAAAAAAGUGCCUAGAAUGUUGCUUUUAGACUGUUGUAAGCUUACUUUGUUUUAAAAUUAGGUAAAUGCUCUAAAAUAGAAUGUAAAAGUACUCCUCACACAGCAUUUCGUAACGGUUUCUUCAUUUUGAAGGGGUACUCUGGUGGAAAACUUAAAUUUUUUUUUAUCAACUGGUGCCAGUAAAUUUAAACAGAUUUGUUUUAUUUUUAAAACACAGUUCUCUGCUGACAUCAUGACCACAGUGCUCUCUGCUGACAUCAUGACCACAGUGCUCUCUGCUGACAUCUGCUCAUUUUAGGAACGGUCCAGAGUAGAAGAAAAUCCCCAUAGCAAACAUAUGCUGUUCUGGACAGUUCCUAAAAUGGACAGAGAUGUCAGCAGAGAGCUCUGUGUUCCAAAAAGAAAACAAUUUCCUCUAGUAUUCAGCAGCGAAUAAGUACUGGAAUGAUUAAGAUUUUUUUUUUUUUUUUUUUAAAGUCAUUUACUAAUCUAACUUUCUGGCACCAGUUGAAUUAAGUUUCCCCCGGAGUACCCCUUUAAACUGUGCACUUAGUAAGAAAAAAAGUGAAACAUGCCUAUUAAGUGCACCUUAUGUAAGGUUUCUGUUACUCCCAAAGUUGGUAUAACAAAGCUGUAAAAGAAACAAAUUCUCAUUUAACAAAAUGAGGCCUUGUUGCCUAUAGCAACCUAUUAAUAGAAAAUGUUGUGGCAAUGAGGAUCGUUUGACUGUUGGACCAUUGUGUAUUGUAAAAAGUGUUUUAUAAUCUGUAUAUAGACUAAAUGAAGGUUUGCCUUUUAUAUAAAAGCAAACAAUAUAUUUUUACCAUAACAAAAAAUCUUUCUCCCAGAUGACAAAAGCUACUGUUUUUUUUUUUUUUAGUUUGUCAUGUGUGAAUUCUAUUGCCUCUAUUUCCUCUAAACAAUAGGACAUGACCGCUAUUUCCACUGGACAAGUCAUCUGGUGGGAUUUUGUAGUAGGAAAGAGAAAGGAAUAUCUGAGUAGAUUACUAGUGUUCUUGUAACAAAACUACUUUGAUGUAUAAUUCAAGGUUUGAUUUAAACAUGUAUCUGUUUCCCAACCAGGGUGCCGCCAUAAACUGUUCAAAACUACAACUCCCAACUUGCCUGGACUGGCAAAGGCUGUUCGGGCAUGCUGGGAGUUGUACUUUUGCAACAGCUGGAGGCACCCUGCCUGGGGAUGUAUCAUUAUAAGGAAAUGAUGGUCAUCACCCACAUGUGCUACGGGGUGUGAAUAUUUGCACUUCCUUGCUCAUGACAUUACUCUGAAAAAAAAACCUUAUAGCGCCAUUUCUACAUUAUAACAUCCUGGAAAUGUAUGGCAAAAAACUGAAGCCUAAAAAUGUUAGUUUCCCCUGUCAGUGUGGAGUAUCCCUACCCAACCAUGACAGUCAGCACUCAACACAAGGGGAUAGAAUGGUAACACCCAGUUGUCAGUUUAUUCACAUACCUCCUAGAAUUACACUAUCUGGUUUUAGAAAACUUAUUUUCAGCAGUUCAUUUUAAAAUCAGUAUUUUCUGGAAUAGAAAAUUUUAGUAUUUGAACUGGACAAAGUAAAGUUUUUUUAUAUUUGACAUGAAUGUGUACCAUCUUUUUCAAACGUACUUGUAUUUGCUGGGUUAGAUCACUCAAGGUUUUCAGUUUUCCACCGAUGCAUGUUUAAAUAAACUUGUUUUUACAUAUGUGUAUCCAUUCAUUUUUCAUUCUUGUACAUCAAUCCACAAAAAUGGGAUUUUUUUUUGUGUCCUCCCUCCCCAGGAGCACUCUUGGUAGAAGCUACAUGCAUACUGUGUAUUGUGAGGGGGUUUUGUUCAUAAUCUAUUUUCAGAAUAUAUAAUUAAAAUGGAGACAGCUGGCUAUGAUGUUGCUGCAGGAUGAUAUAUAAAAGGCAUAUUAUAUUCAAGUUGUUUAGAUAAUCACUGUUCCUGCAGCGACUGAAUCGGCGCUGUGGUUGUUUACGUCUGAUUCAAUUUUUAUAGUCCUUUUUUUAAACAGCUGCAUAGAGAGCAUAUUAUAUGUAAAGACUGACUACUGUAUACCUGCUGCUGAACUUCCUCCAUU